AGCAAUUUCAUCUCCUUUCCAAAAGAAAAAGAAAUGAUGGGAAGCCUUCAAAUUCUCUUUGUUUUACUCUUUUCACUCGUUUUGAUAAAAUGUUACUCUCAAGAAGAUUUUCUCGAGUGUCUUUCUAAAUACUCUAAAUCCAACGUUGAACAAAAUGUUUACACCCCAACUUCUCCAACAUAUUCAUCUAUCCUAGAAUAUGCUCAAAAAAAUCCUAGAUGGGUGAAUUCUUCACAUCCAAAUUUCAUUGCCUCCCCUAGAAAAGAAUCAGACAUCAAGCCUAUUAUUCUUUGUGCUAAAAAAUUAGGCUUGCAAAUUAAAAUAAAAAGUGGUGGUCAUGACUAUGAAGGCAUAUCUUAUCGCUCUAAAUCCCCAUUUGUUAUGCUUGAUUUAAGCAAUCUUAACAAAAUCGAGAUUAAUUGGAAGAAAGAAACAGUUUGGGUUCAAACAGGAGCCACCCUUGGCCAACUUUACUAUGCAAUUGCUAAUAAAAGUGAUGUGCAUGGUUUUCCUGGAGGUGUCUGUUUCAGUAUUGGCACUGGAGGGAUUAUUAGCGGUGGAGGGAUAGGUACUAUGAUGAGAAAAUUCGGGGUUGCAGCUGAUAAUGUUGUAGAUGCUCGUGUAAUGGAUGUAAAUGGAAAAAUUCUUGAUAAAAAGAAAAUGAAAGAAGAUUUGUUUUGGGCAAUAAGAGGAGGUGGCGGAGCUAGUUUUGGUGUCAUUUUGGCAUGGAAACUCAAACUUGUUCGUGUUCCAGAGAAGGUUACUGUUUUCAAUGUUUACAAAAAGUUAGAGGGUAACCAAAAUCUCCUCCAAAAAUGGGAAAACAUCGCACAUCAAUUAACUGAUAAAUUACUUAUCAGAGUGAUUAUACAAAACGAUGGAACGGGGAAGGACAAGUACAUUGAAGUGAUCUUUCAAGCAUUAUUUCUUGGACCUGUUGAUGAGUUAAUUCCAUUGCUCAAAGAAAAAUUCCCCGAAUUUGAUUUGGAGAAAAAAGAUUGCUUCCAAGAGCCCGUUGUGGAUUGUAGUAACAGACCUUGCAUUAAAAAAGAGUGUCGCGAAACUACCUGGAUUGGAUCAGUGUUGUUUUUCUAUGGCAGGAGAACAAACGAGUCGCUUGAAGUUCUGCUAGACAAAAGUAUUCCAACACAGAAGAAUUAUAACAAAGGGACAUCUGAUUUUGUGAAGACUCCAAUUCCAGAAAGUGGUUGGAAAAUGGUGCAAAGACUGUUUUUGGAAGAAGAAAGACCCCAGAUGAUUUUGGAGCCACUAGGUGGGAAACUAGACGAAAUAUCAAAAUCUGAAAUUUCAUUCCCUCAUAGAAAGGGAAAUUUGUAUAAUAUUCAGUACUUGGUCAACUGGGGCGAUAACAGUGAGAACGUAUCAAGCCAGAAACUAGCGUGGAUGAGGAAACUUUACAAGGACAUGGAGCCAUAUGUUGCAAAUUCUCCAAGAACUGCUUAUCUGAAUUACAGGGAUCUUGAUUUUGGAUCAAAUGACGAGGGCUACAGCUAUUCGAAGGCCAAAAUAUGGGGUGAAAAGUAUUUCAAUGGCAAUUUUAAGAGGUUGGCUAAAGUGAAGAGUAAGGUGGAUCCCAACAAUUUCUUCAGAAAUGAACAAAGUAUUCCACCUUAUCAAUCACACUGAUAGUUGAAGAAAUCUGGAUUGUAUGCAAGGGCGGCAAAUAAAAAUCCAUUUUGGUUGAAGUUUCAUGAAGAUUAAUUCCUUUUUUUUUGCUUUUCAGAAUGCAAUAAAUGUAUCAGUAUGUUCACUUUAUCACAUCUUAAUUUGCAAAAUAAAUUUUCAAUGUUUUCAUUUCUUA